AAACCUCCCCGAGUCAACUAAGAUAUCAACAACAUUGAGGAACCAGCGAGAAGCUAGCUACAAUAGCAGACACCGCAUCGGAGACAGGCAAAGACAUUUGAACUACCAGCGUUCAGAUUUGUUUUACGCCUUUCUGAUUUCCUGUGCAAACCCGACUAAUACGCUUGGUCGGGAAUAGCCAAGCAUGGGAUGACAAAUGGUCCACUAUUGCUGGUUGGUUUGUCGGAUCUCUUAGUUUAAGCUAACGUUAGCUAGCUAAGUGUCUGUACGAUGCUAGUUAUUGGCUAGCUCGCAAGCUAGGUGUCUUCUCAAGGUGUAUCAGAGAUUAGCUGUAUAAACAUUUCGAAAACUGUUAACAGCUGGUUUGACAAACUAUGAAGUAUUAUUUACAGUCAACUGUGUAGAAUAACAAUGAAGAGCGGCGGCGAGUUCACAUAGGCGUGCCUACCGCCUCCUGUUAGAAGACAACUGCUUUUCUUUUUGUAAUCAAGCUGCACUAAAAUAAGCAAUCAAUCAUCAGCAAUAUUCCAAAAUGCAUGACGCUUAUGAGCCUGUACCUAUUCUGGAAAAACUGCCCCUACAGAUCGACUGCCUCGCGGCCUGGGAGGACUGGCUUCUUGUGGGGACAAAACCAGGACACCUCCUACUCUACAGAAUAAAGAAGGAUGCAGGCACAAACAGGUUCGAGGUGACGCUUGAGAAGUCCAAUAAGAACUUCUCCAAGAAGAUCCAGCAGCUUUUUGUGGUGUCACAGUACAAGAUCCUCGUCAGCCUCCUAGAGAACAACAUCCACGUCCAUGACCUCCUGACCUUCCAGCAGAUCACUGUGGUGUCCAAGGCCAGGGGAGCGACUCUGUUUGCCUGCGACCUGCAGCAGUCCAGCUCGGGCGAGGCCAAACUGAGGAUGUGUGUAGCAGUGAAGAAGAAGCUGCAGCUGUACUACUGGAAGGACAGGGAGUUCCAUGAGCUGCAGGGGGAUUUUGCCGCCCCAGACAUCCCCAAGUCCAUGGCGUGGUGCGAGAGCUCUAUCUGUGUGGGCUUCAAGAGGGACUACUACCUGAUACGGAUGGACGGGCGAGGCUCCAUCAAGGAGCUCUUCCCCACCGGCAAGCAGCUGGAGGCUCUGGUCGCCCCACUGGCUGAUGGGAAGGUGGCGGUGGGCCAGGAUGACCUCACGGUGGUGUUGAACGAGGAUGGGGUCUGCACCCAGAAGUGCGCCCUCAGCUGGACAGACAUCCCCAUUGCCAUGGAGCACCAGCCCCCCUACAUCAUCGCAGUCCUGCCCCGCUACGUGGAGAUCCGGACCUUCGAGCCUCGCUUGCUGGUCCAGAGUGUGGAGCUCCAGAGACCUCGCUUCAUCACCUCCGCUGGGCCCAACAUUGUGUAUGUUGCCAGUAACCAUUUUGUGUGGCGACUGGUGCCCGUGUCCAUCGCCAGCCAGAUCAAACAGCUGCUGCAGGACAAGCAGUUUGAGCUGGCGCUGCAGCUGGCGAAGAUGAAGGACGACUCGGAUGGAGACAAGCGCCAGCAGAUCCACCACAUCCAGAACCUGUAUGCCUUCAACCUGUUCUGCCAGAGGAGGUUUGAUGACUCCAUGCAGGUGUUUGCCAAGCUUGGCACAGACCCGACCCAUGUAAUUGGGCUGUACCCAGAUCUGCUCCCCUCUGACUACCGGAAGCAGCUGCACUACCCCAACCCUCUACCCACCCUGUCUGGAGCAGAGCUGGAGAAGGCACACCUGGCUCUCAUUGACUACCUCACCCAGAAACGCAGCCACCUGGUGAAGCAGCUGAACGACUCGGACCCCUCCGCCCCCUCCCCCCUCAUGGAGGGAACCCCCACCAUCAAGAGCCGGAAGAAGCUGCUGCAGAUCAUAGACACCACCCUGCUGAAGUGCUACCUGCAUACCAACGUGGCGCUGGUGUCUCCGCUGCUGCGCCUGGAGAACAACCACUGUCACAUCGAGGAGAGCGAGUACGUGCUGAAGAAGGCCCACAAGUACAGCGAGCUCAUCAUCCUGUACGAGAAGAAGGGCCUGCACCAGAAAGCCCUCCAGGUGUUACUAGACCAGUCCACCAAGGCCAACUCUCCACUGAAGGGUCAUGAGAGGACAGUGCAGUACCUCCAGAGACUAGGGCUGGAGAACCUGGGCAUCAUCUUUGAGUUCUCCCCCUGGGUGCUGAAGAUCUGCCCCGAGGACGGCCUGAAGAUCUUCACGGAGGACCUGCCGGAGGUGGAGGCUCUCCCCAGGGACCGGGCGCUGGGCUUCCUGAGGGAGGGCUUCCAGGAGCUGGCCAUCCCCUACCUGGAGCACAUCCUGCACGAGUGGCAGGAGCAGGGGCCCCACUUCCACAACGUGCUGGUCCAGCUGUACCUAGAGAGGGUGCAGGGCCUCAUGAAGCAAUACCUCAACUCCCUGCCCGAGGGAGUGCCCCCAGUGGCUGCUGGGAAGGAGGAGGGCGAGCUGGGGGAGUUCCGGAACAAGCUGCUGUGUUUUUUGGAGGUGUCCACCUUCUACGAGCCGGCCAAGCUCAUCAGUGACUUCCCCUUCGAUGGUCUGCUGGAGGAGAGGGCCUUGUUGCUAGGCAGGAUGGGGAAACACGAACAGGCUCUCUUCAUCUACGUCCACAUACUGAAGGACACACACAUGGCAGAGGAGUACUGUCACGGCCACUACGACAAGCUGACCGACGGGAACAGAGACGUGUACCUGUCUCUGCUGCGCAUGUACCUGUCCCCCCCUGACGUGCACUGCCUGGGGCCCGUCCAGAUAGAGAAGAGCGAGCCCCAGCCCAACCUCCAGGCCGCCCUGCAGGUUCUGGAGCUGCACCACAGCAAGCUCAACACCACCAAGGCGAUCAACCUGCUGCCAGCCAACACUCAGAUCCGCGAGAUCGGCGUGUUCCUGGAGAGUGUGCUGGAGGACACGGCCCAGAGGAAGCGCUUCAACCAGGUCCUGAAGAGCCUGCUGCAGGCAGAGUUCCUCCGGGUCCAGGAGGAGCGGAUAUACCACCAGCAGGUCAAGUGUGUCAUCACCGAGGAGAAGACCUGCCGCGUCUGCAAGAAGAAGAUAGGCAACAGCGCCUUCGCCCGCUAUCCCAACGGCGUGGUGGUCCACUACUUCUGCUGCAAGGACCGAGCGGUCUGCCCCACCGAGCAGUGAUGCCCCGCCACCUCCCGCACUGCCCCCUGGGAGAUGAUCCCACCUCCGUCUGCUAACACAUGCUGCCCCCCUGUGGACUCCUGCUAAAGGCACUCUGCAAGAUGCCAAGAGAAUGUUGGAAAGUGAAGGAGUUCUAGAAUGUUGGAAAGUGAAGGAGUUCUAGAAUGUUGGAAAGUGAAGGAGUUCUAGAAUGUUGGAAAGUGAAGGAGUUCUAGAAUCUAUGAAAGUAAAGGCAUUCUAGAACUUUGGAACAUAAUGUAUGGAGUUCCAGAUCUUUGGUCACCUGUAGCUCUGAAGCUGUCUAAAGACAGGAGUACUGUAUCUAUCUGGCUGGUUCUCUGGAUGUGUGUGUGUGCGUGCGUGCGUGCAUGCUUGUGUGUGUGUAAGUGUGCUUGACGGAGCAGUUGGAAUGUCGGGGGUGUAUCUGAUGUAGUGUGAUGUGCCAGGGAGAGACAUUUGACAUUCAAGCAUGUUCCGCUGCUGGGUGAGGAUACACUCUGCUCUGGAGAGAGAUGUUGGACAGCUCUCUGCACCUGAGGAGAAGCACGUUCUAGCUGUUCUAGCCUUCUGACUCAGCGCUGUGGUCUCUCUCCCCCCUGCUCGCUCUCUCUCACGGUCUCCCUCACUCGUGCCAUCCCAGAGACAGCUCUGUGUGCUACAAACUCGAAACAGCAUCUCUUCUUAAAUGCCUUGUGUGACUUUUAAGAUUGCACUUAAAAGCAGUCGUUUGCGUCUCACUUUUUAUGUUGACUGUUAGGUGGAAUUUUGAAGGAGGGCUUUGAAACCAGACCAGUUUAACAUUUAGACCACCUUUACCAAAAGUGUCUAGGCAUGUUUUUGGUGUGCUUGUUAUCUGAUUACAUGCAAGUCUCAAUAUACAGUUACAAAAUGCUUUCCUUUUCUGGUUUAAUAUUUUUUAUUUUAUUUAAUAUUUUGUUUUUUUUGUGUGUAUUUUACCUUCGUCAAAGUACACAUAAUGAACUUGCCACAAGGUGGAUAUCUGAAAUACAACACUUUAAAAUGGGCUGUUCUCCUGUAUUUAUUCUUAAAUCAUGCGCUAAACUAAUAUGGUUAGAACGAGGCUGUCCCCUUACCGCCUGCUGCAGACAGGCUGCACACGCUCUGUCUGGACUGAUUUUAUUACAGAUGUUGGUACCACUGUGUAUAUAUGGACUGAGAGAAUAUUAAUGAAAGCGUUCUAAUCAAAGUUGUUUUCCUCUAAAGAGCAAAUCCAACAUAUACUGUAUGUAUUCUGUAUUGCUUCAAUAAACAUGCAUUUUCACUCUGUC